CCCCGCGCCCAGCCUGCCCUCUUCCGCUGUCGCUGUAGGAAUGGAAACAUCUGCCCCACGUGCCGGAAGCCAGCUUGCGGCGACGACGGCGCGCCACUCCGCGUCCUAUCGCGCUGAGCCCCUGCGGCUGUCAUCGCGAGACGAGCUCGCCGAAAUGGCCGCGUCCGCUCAAGGAAACUUUGAGGGAAAUUUUGAUUCACUGGAUCUUGCAGAAUUUGCUAAAAAGCAGCCGUGGUGGCGCAAGCUGUUCGGGCAGGAAUCUGGGCCUUCAGCCGAAAAGUAUAGUGUGGCAACCCAGCUGUUAAUUGGAGGCGUCACUGGAUGGUGCACAGGUUUCAUAUUCCAGAAGGUUGGAAAGUUGGCUGCAACAGCUGUGGGAGGUGGAUUUUUUCUCCUUCAGCUUGCAAACCAUACUGGGUACAUCAAAGUUGACUGGCAGCGAGUAGAGAAGGACAUGAAGAAAGCCAAGGAACAGCUGAAGAUCCGUAAGAGCAACCAGAUACCUACAGAGGUCAAAAGCAAAGCAGAGGAGGUGGUGUCAUUUGUGAAGAAGAAUGUUAUAGUGACUGGUGGAUUUUUCGGAGGCUUUCUCCUUGGCAUGGCAUCCUAAAGAGGACAACGUCACUUCCAUUAUUCCUGGUUUUUCUAACCAGCAGCCUCUUCACUCCAUCAUUAGGACAUCAGUCUCCUCGUCCUCUUAUCCCAUGCCUUCCUCCCUGCUAUGGCAUAUCUGAAUGGCUUCUAUAGGCAUCUGUUGGUACAAGUUGAUAUGGCCCUACUGUGAGCUUGACAGCACUGGAAGAAACAAUAGACAUUAGCUCUUCUCCCAGCACACUCCCCACUUGACUAAUCUAUAGGUCAGCAAGAAUGUUCCUUUCCCCACUACAUAAGAUACCAGAACAAGGUGCAAGGUGGCUUGCCAUGGAGGAUGAAUGGAUCCUCAAAGGCUGUCCCAAACUUGAUUUGGAAAAGAAAUAACAAGCACAUAGAUAGAUACCUUAUUAUGUGCUGCAUGGAAAGGAACUGAAUACAUUUGCCUUUAAGCAUGAAAUAUUUUUGUACCUUAGUGUCUACUUUCUUUAUUAGUUGGUUUUAGAUUAUGGAAAGAGAGCUGUUUAUAUCUGCUAUAAUUAUCCUGACAAAAAUGGAAGCAUAAGCACUGUAAUUAAAAAUCUGAAUAUGGAAUGCACUUGUGCUGAAUAUGGAAUGAAAAAGUAUAUAUGCUGAGCUGAAGGUAUUGUGUUUGGUAGGAGGGUCUUUAUGGAAGCCAACCAAUAGAUAACAUUGUUGGAUGGUCACACUUAGUGAAUCAUUUAGAGGCAUUAAGAUAUUAUCCAGGGAUGUUUUCCACCAUAUAGAAUAAUGCAUUUCUUGGCUAUUUCCAAAGGGUUUUUUAAUAGGAAAAUAACUGGUUUUAGGUGGGAGAGGGAAGAAGCUCUUGGAUUUUUACUUCAUAGGAAAGGUUUUAAGCUUGUAUUCUUUAUCUCUUGUCAAAGCAUUAGGAGUAACCAUAGCUCCUCUGUGCCAGUUCUACUAUUUCUUUAUCCAGUUAGUAUGAAAUAGAUAACAUUUGAACCAGACUUUUAAAGAGGUAGCAUUCCAGGCAUUCAGAAUUGAGAACAGUAGCAGUAGUCGCACGUGUAAAAUAAAUUAUUUCCAUCAUCAAAUGUAAUCUGUUGUCUCAUGAUGACCCCAACUCUUAGAGUUAUUCUUUAAAAUAAAAGUUUAUGCACACACACA